ACAGGUUGAUCACAGUGAGGCUGCAGCUUUGAAAGAGUGCAUGAAGGGACGGUAUUUGUGAUUCCACAUGACCUACAGCGCUCCAACAGGAACCAUUGCUGGCACAGUAGAGCCCAGUAGACUGGAGGAGAGGGAGGGAUCUGACGAGGAGCGCCCUUUCCGACUGUCUACAACACCAGCAGGCAGCAUGGGUGAAGAGGGGCCUCCCAGCCUGGAGUAUAUCAAUGCCAAGGACCUGUUCCCCCAGAAGGAGCUGGUGAAGGAGGAUGAAAGCCUUCAGGUGCCAUUCCCAGUUCUUCAGGGGGAAGGGGUGGAAUAUCUUGGCCAUGCCGAUGAAGCCAUCAUUGCCAUUUCUAACUACCGACUCCACAUCAAGUUCAAGGACUCUGUCAUCAACACCUACCCAGGUGUGGACAAUGAGAUAUCUGUGCCUCUCAGGCUGAUCGAGAGCGUGGAGAGCAGAGAUAUGUUCCAGCUGCACAUCAUCUGCAAAGACUCCAAAGUUGUCAGAUGUCACUUUUCAACGUUCAAGCAGUGCCAGGAGUGGGUGAAGCGUCUGAACCGGGCCAUAGCCCACCCGUCCCGACUGGAGGACCUGUUCGCUCUGGCCUAUCACGCUUGGUGUCUGGGAGGCUGCACUGAUGAUGAAGACCAGCACGUUCAUCUCUGUCGCCCAGGUGACCACGUGCGCCAGAGGAUGGAGGUUGAGGUGAAGCGGUUGGGCUUCGACACACAGAACAUCUGGAGAGUGUCGGACAUAAACUGCAACUUCAAGCUGUGUGCCAGCUACCCACAGAAGCUCCUCGUUCCAAUCUGGAUCACGGACAAAGAGCUGGAGAGCGUGGCUUCCUUCAGAUCCUGGAAGAGGAUCCCGGUGGUGGUCUACAGGCACCAGAAGAACGGGGUAGUGAUCGCCCGCUGUAGCCAACCUGAGAUCAGCUGGUGGGGCUGGAGGAACACAGAUGAUGAGUACCUGGUGACAUCCAUCGCCAAGGCCUGUCAGAUGGACACUGGAUCCAAGGUCACCUGUGGGGCACCUGCCUGCCGACAACGCGGGGAAGCUCCCGACUCCUCUGACAGUGAUUUUGACUCGUCUCUGACGGGCGGCUCCGUCUGCGAUGACAACACUGUGCCACAGAAGCUGCUGAUUCUGGAUGCUCGCUCGUACACCGCCGCAGUGGCCAACAGAGCCAAGGGCGGAGGCUGCGAGUGUGAAGAGUACUACCCAAACUGCGAGGUCAUGUUCAUGGGAAUGGCCAACAUCCACGCCAUCCGAAACAGCUUCCAGGCUCUGAGGACGGUCUGCAGCCAGAUCCCCGAUCCAGGAAACUGGCUGUCAGCACUCGAGAGCACCCGUUGGCUGCAGCACCUGUCCGUCAUGCUCAAAGCAGCCACUCUGGUGUGUUCGGCGGUGGAAAGGGAGGGGCGUCCUGUCCUGGUGCACUGUUCAGACGGGUGGGACCGUACUCCACAGAUCGUAGCCCUUGCCAAGAUCCUGCUGGACCCUUACUACAGGACACUAGAGGGUUUCCAGGUGCUCGUAGAGACCGAGUGGCUGGACUACGGUCAUAAAUUUGGGGACCGCUGUGGUCACCAGGAGAAUGCGGACGACGUGAGCGAGCAGUGUCCUGUCUUCCUGCAGUGGCUGGACUGCGUUCACCAGCUGCUCAAACAGUUCCCCUGCCUGUUCGAGUUCAACGAGGCCUUCUUGGUCAAGUUGGUGCAGCACACGUACUCGUGUCUCUACGGCACCUUCCUGUGUAACAACGCCCGAGAGAGGGAGGCCAGGAACAUCUACAAACGCACAUGCUCGGUGUGGUCGCUGCUCCGGAGCGGAAACAAGAACUUUCAGAACUUCCUCUACAUCCCCACUCAUGAUAUGGUGCUGCAGCCAGUCUGCCACACUCGAGCAUUACAGCUGUGGACAUCUGUCUACCUGCCCACCUCCUCCCCCUGCACCGCUGUGGACGACUCCAUGGAGCUCUACCUCCCCCCAAAUGUCACAGGAGACGAACUCAACUACCGCUCCCUGGACAGACUUCCCAAGACGCGCUCCAUGGAUAACCUGCUGUCAGCUUUAGAGAACGGGGUCCCCCUGACACGCACGUCCAGUGACCCCAAUCUCAACAAGCACUGCCAGGAGGGUCGCUCCGCCCCCAAUCCCUCACCAGCUGCAGAAGAAACCUCUGCAGACGUCUCUGAAGAGGCCGAACCUGAGGAGGGACUAGACACCUGUGAGGUGGAACCUCCACAUCAGAGCCCGGCUAAGACCCCAGAGGAUGUUCCUGGUACUGAGAGCUGUGAAGAGGAACCAGAGGAGACCUGUCUCACUACACAGCCACUGCCCUCUCUGCCCCUUCCGCCUGUUCCUCUCAGUACAGACAUAACACUCGCUCACACUCCUUUCCCAGCUCCUGUACUCCAGCAGGCUGUGCUUCAGAUAACUAAUCCUCCACAACCACCACCUCCACCUCCACCUGAGGCUGAGAGCCCCUGUAGGACUGCAGAAAGCCCCACAUCACCCUCUCAUAAAUCAGAGCCGUGCUUACCUCUUCCCUGCAACGGCACACAACCUGCAGUCCUUGCACCCAGCUCGCUGCUCAACGGCCACACUGACAGCCUCUCAGAGUCUGCAGACCUGCUGGCUCUGAAGCAGCUCACACCACUCCUUCCCAUGGAGGACUCCACCGAGACUCUCACAGGAGAGGGAGAGCUUCCUCCUGUCCUGCCUCCCACAGUGAGCCAGGAUCUGACCCAGAAUCAUACGGAGGAAGAGGAGCUGCCUGAGCCACAGCCACCGGUUGAGCUUAAGACGGAGAAGGAGAAAGAGGACAUGAGGGCAGAUGUAGUGAAAGGACGAGAGCGCAUGCUAACUGUCGCCCCUGUAGAUUGCGCCCAGGUUGCAGCUCGCCAUCUGAUCACGCAGAGCCAGCUGUCAGACCUGUCCCUGCUCGGCUCCCACUGGGAGAGCGUCCAGGGUUUGGUCCAGUCCGCCUGCAACAGUCACUCAGUCGUUGGCCGAGCCUUGCAAAACAACAGUUACCAGAGCCGGCGUCUUGCAAGUAAGCUGCUCCGCUCACAGGGCUUCUCACUCGCCAACGGGUCCCAAUGCUGCCGCAGAGAGGCUCUGUGUUGUCCCAGCAGCCCCCUGCAGCCUGCAUGGCUGUCUGCUGCCAGAACCACAGGCUACUCCGGCCUGUGUGGCCCCGCUGCUGCCGCUGCCGCCGCCCUUAGCGGCUACUCCCUGGCAGGCCAUCAGCUCCUUCCUGCUUCAUUUUCCUCCCCCUCAUCGUCCAGCUCCCCUCCCCCUCCCCAAGCCCCGUCUUACCUGGACGACGACGGGCUGCCGGUGCCCAUGGACGCCGUGCAGCAGAGACUGCGGCAGAUCGAGGCGGGCUACAAGCAAGAGGUGGAGGUGCUGAGGCAGCAGGUACGACAGCUGCAGAUGAGGCUGGAGAGUAAACAGUUCAGCACUCCUCCAUCAGAGCCAGACAUCGACUACGAGGACGACAUUACGUGUCUGCGUGAGUCAGACAACAGUAACGAGGAGGACUCUCUGUCCACCCACAGUGAGGACCGUCUGUCUGAAGGCAGCUGGGACAGAGUGGAGCCCAAAGACACAGAGGUCACGAGGUGGGUGCCCGACCACAUGGCCUCCCAUUGUUUCAACUGUGACUGUGAGUUCUGGAUAGCCAAGAGACGUCACCACUGCAGAAACUGUGGCAACGUUUUCUGUAAAGACUGUUGUCACCUGAAGCUGCCGAUCCCGGACCAGCAGCUGUACGACGCCGUGCUGGUCUGCAACACCUGCCACGACCUGCUGCUCGAGUCCCGCACCCGUGAGAUCCGCAGCCAGCAGCUCAAGAAGGCGAUCGCCACUGCCUCCAGCUGAGACGAGCGUGCUGCAGCUUGGCCCGCCUCGGCUCUGUCCUGCUCUACGGACUGACGAGCUGAGCGCCCUGUUGUGACCCUCAACUUGCUGUGGUUUUGGCUGUGGAGGGGGAAUGGGAGGCAGAGUUUUUACUCUGUUGGUGGCUCGACUUUGGAGAAGGAGACGCACUGUGAGAGCGUCUGAGAUGGGGAGUGUCAGCGGGGGACGAAUCCCUUCAGAGAUAUUUUCAGCCUGCAGCGCUGCAGCGUCCGGCUGCCCCCACGCGGCUCAGUCCUCUAUCGGUGCCCUGUCCCGAGACCACCUCCAACCUGUCCACCCCUGCAGAGUCACCUACUUUAAGCACCAAACACCUGCACCCUCCUCACAGACACCGUCUCGCACCUCAGAGGACAAUCGCUCACACUUUCGGCGUGUCGGGGGACUCCAAAGCCUUUCCCUGUACUACUGGAGGCUUUCAACUUUAAAAAGAAAAGAAAAUUGCUGCUACAGUAUUUAAAAGUCUAAUUUUGUAUUCUUAUUUUGUGCACUACUAGUUGUCGUGUGUUUUGAGGGAAUCUGAGACCAAACUUGAGCAAAAAGGGAGAAAUCUGCUGUUUACUUUGUCAUCGCGUCGUUUUUCUUGGAGCCUGAAUGUAAAAAUGUAAUGGGGGUUAACUGGAUCGACUUUAUGUUCCUGUGCAUUUGAUUGGUCGUAUAUGUGUGUUCAUUGCUGCAAUGUGUUUUCAAAGAGUUCUAUAUAUAUGCACAGUCAGUGUGGUUCUGUCUCUAUCAAUGCUUUCCUGCAGUAUAGCCACGAUGCUACAUUCUGGGGGGGCUGUGUGCGGACAGAUGGAUGCGAUGCAAUGUGUCGUUUGCUUUGUGGGACGUGUGCUUGAUGUGUCAAGAGGAAGAGAAGCCGGGGGAUGCUGGGAGGCGUUCUGUUAAGUCUCCUUCUGAUCUGAGAAAAUGUGAAUUGAAGGUUCUGUGGUUGGUUUUUUGUUCCUGAAUGAGCGGCUCGUUGUCCUCCUGAAUGAUGAUGACUCCUCAGAGUGUGAAGACUGAACUAAGUGCUCGGAGUUUCUCGUUUUGUUUCGGGGGUGUUUGGCCACAGUCCCCCCUCCCCCCCUUUAAAAAAAAAAACUGUGUUGGUGUCAGCUGGUUGUUCUUUGAGACAAUAGUGCCAUAUUCUGUUCUGUCUAUUUUAAAGCCUUUUUUCUUUCUUACAGACGGCAGCAGGUUUCUAAUUGGCCACUUCUCUUUGUGUUUGGAUGGUACGGAUAGUUAGCUGCUUAAUAACACUGAGAUGACAAAAGAUUUAACAGGAAGCUCAGACGGAUGAUCGGAACGUCACUAAAUUAGUCAAACUGUGUGUCUAAUAUUUGGGAUUUUUCCACACGGUCUUCAUGAAGUCAAAAUGUAUCAAAGGAAGUCAGACAUGUAACAUACAUAGUUAUCUGAUCCGUAGUGGUGGCUAAAACCUGUCACUUAAUGAAUAAUUGUUGUAAAGAAAUGCACUGUAAAAGUUAAAUCCCAUGGGUUAAAAUAAAAGAUUAUAUCAUG